CGCCGUCAUGUGCUUCGCCGAUGUGUAUACCCUCAGCAAGUACCUUCCCAGCAUCGUUAACAUCCAAGAACCCAAAUUCCAUAGCUCCCAAAUCGUAUUUACUUUGGGCCUUAAUUGGGCCAUGGCCCAAUAUUAACUUUUGCAACACUUUGAUUCCUGGGCCUGUGGCCCAAAUAGUAAACUUUUCUACCACUAUCUAUUAAAAAAAAAAAAAAACAGGUGGAGGUACUAGCUUGACUAGCUUCUAGAUAGUGGGUCUGUGGGUGGGAAUGGCAUCAAUUCCGGCGUCGCGUUGGGUGGUUCCGCCACGGUUACUUUCGCAUUGGAUCAAUGCCAUUGGCUCGUCUAAAACUAAAACAGCUUCUUAUUCUUAUUCUUAUUCUGGAAUAAUCUCCGAUUCCCAUUCUCAUUAUUCUUAUAUCCCUGUUCCUAUUCCACGACGUUGUUUUUCCGCCAUGGCAACUCCACAAGACUCCGCUUCCACCAAAACUGAGAGGGUCGUUGUGAAGGGGAAGGUGCAGGGUGUCUUCUACAGGAACUGGACCAUUGAGAACGCUACCCAGUUGGGCCUUAAAGGAUGGGUCCGUAACCGCCGUGACGGCUCCGUCGAGGCCCUCUUCUCCGGCCCCUCAGACGCCGUCCAGGAGAUGGAGCAAAGGUGCCGACGUGGCCCGCCUGAUGCCAUCGUCACCGGUUUCGAGGCUUUUCCUUCCACGGAUGAUCCUGGCAAUGGCUUCGAAGGCAAACCAACUGUUUGAUGAAAUGACUAAGACAGAAAAAAAAGGAAAAAAAAUGUUAGUGUUUGCUGUUUGUUAUUUUUGUUUACCACUUACCAGUGUAAUUUCUGUUAUGUACUAGUGCUUGUUAUUAUGAGCAUUCCACACUGUUUUGUCCUC